AUGGAUGUGGAGCUUCGAAACAGUGACCUGAUGCCGAGUUUAGCAGUACCAGCUGAUGGAGCCUACAAUGUUCUUCGCACCAGCCUGACAGAGACCCAGAAACGUUGCCAGGAUCUCAACACUGAGAUGCUCCGCAUUGCAGAGGCCAAUGAGGAGCUCCACACGUCCUUACGGUCCAUGAAGGGCACGAACCGGCGCUUGGUUGAAGAAGUACAGAAGCAGACCGAGGAGCUAAGCCAUUUGACGCAGCAACGCUUGCAAGAGAUGGAAAAGCUUUCAAGGCAAGAAGAAGCUUUCAGCCGAGAGAAGGCGACCUGGACGCACGAAGCACAGAAGGCCUUGGAAGAGGAGCAGAAACGCCUUGAUGAGGAUUUCUGUGUCAUGAAGGAAGCUUUCACUGUGCGGCUUGACUCUUGUUGGCGCAUGGCUGCUUCAGCGGCUUCACGUGUGGAGAUGCUGCGAGUGGGUCAGAGAUCUUUGAAGGCAGAGGCACAUUCCAUGUCGUACAGUUUCUGCGAAAGUCUCAAACAGAUGGAGCGUGAACUGCUGGGAAGGAUUUCCGAAGAGGACAAAAAGAUGCGAGGUGAAUUGAAUCGUCUGCAAGACUUGGAACAUCAUCUCCAGGUAAAGGUGAAAGCAGAGCGUGAAGUCCGUGGCAACGAGGCUGAGACGUGGAGGAGCCGACACCAGGCCCUGGCUGCAGACCUUGAUGCAUUAUUGGCGCGGCGUGAUGCCGAGGUAGCCGAGCUCCAAGCGAAGGUGGAUAUGGCUAUCAGCGCACGCGAGAGAGAGGAGACGACAGCACGCCAGGAACGACAAUCUUUGCAAGAGAAGGCUGAAGCUCUUGCAAAGGACUUGACUGUUGGGGAGGCUACGCUCCAAACUGCCCAUCGAAAGUCAGUGCAGAUGGAGGCAAGACUGGCAGCGGUGCAAGGAGAGCGAGAUCGCCUGCAGGCCUCAGUCGAGUCACUACGCCAGCAAGUGAAAUUCUCGGACGAGGCCCUUGCAGAAGCCGUGAAGAGUAAUGAGGCCCUCCGCGAGCAGAUGGAGAUUCAACGAAUGGAUGCUCAGACGGCAAGUGAGCGAGAGAUGAAGGCAUGGCGAGAAAAGUUCCAGGCACACCUCGUGGAUCAGGAGCAGCAGCAUCAAGCUGAGCAGGCUGAUUUGACACGACGCGUCCGGGAUCUUGAGGAGCUUCUGGGAAACAAGGCAGGUCAGAUACAGGCGCUACGAGAAAACUUGGCAGAGAAGAACAAGGCGCGGGAGUCUUUGCUCCGUGAUCUCACUAUGUGGAAGGCCCAGCAUGAACUCGCCAGCCGCAUGAAGGCAGAUGUGGAAAGAGACUUUGACCAUUUCAAGGAGGAGUUUUUGGGAAGAAGGCUACCAGAGAAAAGGGAUGAGUUUGAGGCUUUGCGGAAGAAGCAGGCAGACUUGGAAGCAAAGAAAGCCUCACUCGUAGACGAGGUUCAAAAAUUGGAACGUGAAAUCCAGGCACAAGAUGCCCAAGAUGCGUCACGCCAGAGUGGUGUGGCAGAGCUCCGCCGGGAGGUGCUGGCAGAAGCAGAGCGAACCAAGCGGAAUCUGACUGAGGUGGAGUCAGCCUUGGCUGCUGCCAAAGCAGAGGCUGCUACAGCGCAACAGCAGCUUGUUGAGCGCAAAGAGCGGUUAGAACAGGAGCUCCAACGGGUCACUGCAGACUGCGACGCAGAACGGAGGGAGUUCGAGCGGAAGAUACAGGCUGAGCGCCAGAGCUGCGAGACACUGCGCCGAGCUGCGGAGCGACGCAGGGCAGAGCAGCAAUCGACCUACCAGGCUGCACUCGAUGGCCCUGCGCAAGAGAUCGCGAGUUUGGAGGGCUCAAUCAGCGAGAUCCAACAGAAUGCAGAGUUGGAGAUUUCGAGCCUUCACCAAAAAUCUGAGCAGUUGCGUUCGCGGACCGAGGAACUGGAAACUGAACUCAUAUGCUUGCAGGAGAAACUUGCAAGAAGCGACAGAGAGGUCCAAGAAAGUACAAGUCAGCUGAAUCUGGUGAAGGCGCGCAAUCGCAGCAGCCUGGAAACAUUGCAACAGGAGAAGAUGAGGAAGACUGAGCGGCUGAAACAGGUGCAGACAUCGAUUGCCCAGAAGGCAGAGCAACUGCAGGGCUUUCGGGCGCCAACAGCUCCACCACGGUGGACAUCUCCAGCAAGGUUGUCUCCAGUGGCUAGCGCUCGUGUGGAGGCCCCUUUGCCGUGGUCCGCCAUUGAGGACGCAUCGAAUCCUUUACGGGGCGCAGAAGGCUGGUCGAGGACCAGUCAUUCAGACUUGCGCAGGUAUCUGAGUGAACACGAUUCCCGCGACAGACAUUUACAGGAUAUCAGGGGACGCAUGCAGCGCUCUUUCGGGGAGGACAGAUCACUGCGUCAGCCGCUCGUUUGA